AUGCACGAUUCCGAAGCCAUUUCUGGCAGCGGAAUGCAUGUUUCAUCAGAUGUUGAAUUUCCUCACAGUAAAGAACGACAGUCGGAGAAGAACAACAAAGAUGAACUUGUCACAGCAACUUCUGUGGCUCAAACCUCCGAUGAAGAGAGAGAUCCUCGGGAGGAACCUGUACCGAGUCCUAAGAAGUCCACGUCUUUUAUGCUUGCCUUUGCAGGACUUGCUGCGACUCUGUUUGUUGUUCACGUAGACGCAACAUGCUUGGGUAUUGCCCUCCCAACAAUAGCCAAAGACCUUCAAGGCACGAGUUUGCAGGCAUUUUGGGCAAGCCUAUCGUACACCCUUUGCAGUCUCGUCUUACAUCCGGUGUUGGCAAGCAUCUCGGACAUUUUUGGGCGAAAACCCCCACUAUACCUGUCCAUCGGCCUUUUCUUCAUCGGGUCUAUACUCUUUGCUAUUGCUUCAAAUAUGGAUAUUCUUAUUGCGGGGCGAGUUCUACAAGGGUUUGGCGGCGGAGGCAUUGAUGUGAUAGUCACUGUUACUAUCGCUGACAUGACAACCCUCGAGGAACGGGCCAAGUAUCUCGGCAUUUUAGCCAUCCCCUCAGCCGUGGGAAACAUUCUCGGCCCUUUCAUCGGUGCACUUUUUUCUACGUACGUCACAUGGCGUUGGAUUGGAUGGAUCAAUCUUCCCAUACUCGGUUUGGGAUUCCCCCUCGUCUUCUUCUUCUUGAAACUCCGACCUGUUCCUAAUGAGGGCCCAUUGACUGACCGGCUGAGCCGUCUCGAUUGGCUCGGCAUGGCUCUUGUCGUUAUUGGAAUCGCCAUCUUUGUCAUUCCGCUCAGCUGGGCUGGCUCCUUGUUCCCCUGGGCUUCCUGGCAGACCUUGGUCCCCAUGCUCCUGGGCGUUGUCGUGCUCGCGCUUUUUGUGUAUUACGAGGGAAAGCCAACGGAGCCCAUCAUGCCUCACCGGCUCUUUCACUCCAAAACGGCGAGGUCAACACAGAUUGGUGGCUUCCUCCACGGCGCGGUUCUCAUCUCGUUGCUGCAGUACUUGCCCUUGUUCUAUCAGGCCGUGCAGCUUCAGACGGUCAUCUCGGCAGCAGUCUUCCUUCUACCGACCGUCAUCCUGAGCACGAUAAUCGCCGCCGUGUCUAUGAUGAUGGUUCCGCUCUUCGGGGGGUACGUGUGGAUUCUACGGCUCUCCUGGGUGAUUCUUACGGUAGGCACCGGCGUACUGGCCCUCUUCGACGUGAGCUCCUCAUCAGCCAUGCGGUACGGUCUCCCGAUUCUAUGGGGCCAGGGAGUGUCGCUCCUACGGCUAAGUAUGCUUCCCAUCCAGGCCAGCGUCAAGCACGUCGACGACACCAGCCUGGCUACCGGGCAGUUCCUCACCAUCCGCAUGUUUGGCGGCCUCGUGGGCCUUGCGAUAUCGUCGGCCAUCUUCAACACGGUGUUUGCUUCGUCAAUGUCCAGCGCUGGGGUUGAACCGGUCGGACCCUUGUCGCCGCUGAGUGAUGCCGCCAAUGCGGUAAAUUUCAUCAACGAGUUGAAUUCAUUGGACAUUGCCAAAUCGGAGUUGGAUCCCGUACUGAAAGUCUACCUGGACUGCUUCCGUGUGAUCUUUUACACCAUGACGGGCUUGAGUGGGUUGGGGUUGGUGACAUCAGUUUUCAUGGAGGAGAUUGACUUGAAAAAGCAAAGUUUGGGCAACCAACGAUACGAGGAAAAAUAG